ACGGUGGAUUUAUUUAUUAUUUUUUUUAAACUUUGAGCUUGUAAACAUUUUGAAAAGAUGAUAGUGGCGUUGUGUUUGCGGCGAGCUCUGUGCCACGUGACCCUGAGCUCGGCGUUGAGGAGCCACAGAAGCUACAGCAAGCCUUCAGUCAGCCAAUCAGACCGACUGCGACUGUUUGAGGCCUUCUCAAAAAGGCCAGACCAGAAAGGGGCGGCGCCCGGACAAGAGCUGAGCAUCCGAUUGGCCGAUGGCAGAACAUUGAAAGGAUUGUCGGGGGUCACGACCCCAUUACAGAUUGCUCAGGACAUACGGGUUAAAGGAGCUGUAGUGAGCAGAGUGAGUGGUGCAUUGUGGGAGUUAUCUCGCCCCCUAGAGGCCGACUGUGAGCUUCAGCUGCUCAGCUUCGACUCCUCAGAGGGAAGACAGGUGGUGUGGAGGACAGGUGCGUGUGUUUUAGUGAGUGUGAUGGAAACACAGUUUGGUGCUCAGGUGUGUCGUGAAGGUGUAUCAGACACUGGACUGUACUGUGACUACAGACUGGACAACAGCUUGGUGUGUUUAGAGGAGGUGGAGAAGAGGUGUGUGGUGGCGGCAGCAUCGAAACUCCCCAUCACCACAACGCAACUGAGUGCGCACCAACUCCGACAGCUCUUCCAGGAUGAUGAUGUGAGGCUGCAGUGUGCUGAGGAGGCUCUGAUGCAUGGAGACACAGUCAGUGUGUACAGGUGUGGAGUGUGUGUAGGUGUAUGUUCCGGUCCACUCCUCCCUCACACAAGCUUCCUGCGCUCCUUUAAGAUGUUGCAGGUUUCUCCGGUGACUUUAUCGUCCAAUCCCGAUGCAGCAGGUGUGCAGAGGAUUAUGGGAGUUUCGUUUCCCGGUGAGAGAGAGCGAGAGCGGUGGGAGCAUGAGCAGGAGGAGGCGAAGAAACGAGACCAUCGACGCAUUGGAAAGGAGCAGGAGCUGUUCUUCUUUAAUGAUGUCAGUCCGGGAAGCUGCUUCUUCCUGCCCAAAGGAGCUCAUAUUUACAACACGCUCACUGAUUUUAUAAAGAGCGAGUACAGGAGGCGAGGCUUCAGUGAGGUCGUGACCCCGACUCUGUACAGCACGUCGUUAUGGCAACGCUCAGGUCACUGGGAGCACUACAGCGAGAACAUGUUCACGGUGACGUGUGAGCCGCACACAUUUGCCCUCAAGCCCAUGAACUGCCCCGCCCACUGUGUGAUGUAUGAGCAGAGAGUGAGAUCAUGGCGUGAGCUGCCACUUCGCUGGGCCGACUUUGGCGCGCUGCACCGCAACGAGCACUCAGGGGCACUAGGGGGCCUAACUAGGGUACGACGCUUCUGUCAGGAUGACGCACACAUCUUCUGCACACCCGAGCAGUUAGAAGAAGAGAUGACGGCAUGUUUGGACUUCGUAAGGAGUGUGUAUCGUGUGUUUGGUUUCACAUUCCAUUGCUUGCUCUCCACUCGCCCCGCCCAGUUUCUGGGAGACUCCGCCCUCUGGGACACGGCAGAACAGCAGUUGGAGAAGAGUCUGCAGUGUUUUGGUGAGCACUGGGAGCUGAACCCCGGUGACGGCGCUUUUUACGGUCCAAAGAUCGAUAUCCAGAUCCGAGAUGCGAUUGGUCGACAGCACCAGUGUGCCACCAUCCAGCUGGACUUCCAGCUGCCAAUCAGAUUCAACCUGGAGUAUGUAGGAGCUGAUGGACAGGUGCACAGACCCGUGAUGGUGCAUCGUGCAGUUUUGGGCUCACUAGAGAGAAUGAUUGCCAUUCUGGCUGAGAAUUUCGGUGGCAAGUGGCCGUUCUGGCUUUCACCAGCGCAGGUCAUGGUUUUGCCAGUAGGGGACAAAAGUGAGCAGUACGGCCGGGACGUGGUCCAGAGAUUAAAGGAAGCAGGUUUUAUGGCUGACCAUGACGAUGACCACGGUUCCACCUUAAAUAAGAAAAUUCGCUCAGCACAACUUUGCCAAUAUAACUAUGUAUUUGUGGUAGGAGAGAAGGAGCGACAGAGCGGGACAGUCAGUGUGAGGACGAGAGGAGGGAAACAACUAGGGCAGAGGUCAUUGGAGGAAGUGAUGACAUCACUGAUGGAGCUCCGAGAGAGCCGCAGCAACCAGGAGCAUUUCUGAAAAAAACACACACACACACACACACACACACACACAUGCGUUGUUGCGUGGCAGAAGAAGUAAACUUACCUGAAGAGAGGAGUGUGUGUGAGAGAGAUGUCCUGUCAUCCAUGUUUUGUGUGAUAUUUAUAAUAAAAUCAUGUCAUUUGUGAA